CUGGACUGGGCUCGGCUGGGAGCGGGCGAGGGUCGGGGGCGCCGGGUCGAGCGCCGAUCCCCCCGCUCGACCAUCCUCCCGCCGCCCGGACGCCUGGGCCGCGGAGUUUGUGUCCCGGCUCGGACCCCGGCGCCCAGCCCGGAGCCGUAACCUUGAGGCGGCGGCGGCGGGGCCGGGCCGGGCCGGGCCGGGGGGCGGCGGCGCUGGAUCCGCGGCUGCCCGAUCGUUGGCGGGAGAUGUCGAACCCCGGGACGCGCAGGAACGGCUCCAGCAUUAAGAUCCGUCUGACAGUAUUAUGUGCCAAGAACCUUGCAAAGAAAGACUUCUUCAGACUCCCCGACCCCUUUGCAAAGAUUGUGGUGGAUGGAUCUGGGCAGUGCCACUCAACGGACACUGUGAAAAACACGUUGGACCCAAAAUGGAACCAGCACUACGAUCUGUAUGUUGGGAAAACUGAUUCUAUAACCAUCAGCGUGUGGAACCACAAGAAGAUCCACAAGAAGCAGGGAGCUGGCUUUCUGGGCUGUGUGCGCCUACUCUCCAAUGCCAUCAGCAGAUUAAAAGAUACUGGAUACCAGCGUUUGGAUCUAUGCAAACUAAAUCCCUCAGAUACUGAUGCAGUUCGUGGCCAAAUAGUGGUCAGUUUACAGACACGAGACAGGAUAGGCACUGGAGGCUCUGUGGUAGACUGCAGAGGACUGGUAGAGAAUGAAGGAACCGUGUAUGAAGAUUCAGGGCCUGGGAGGCCACUCAGCUGCUUCAUGGAGGAGCCAGCCCCCUACACUGACAGUACAGGUGCUGCUGCAGGGGGAGGGGACUGUAGGUUCGUGGAAUCUCCAAGUCAAGAUCAAAGACUCCAGGCACAGCGGCUACGAAAUUCCGAGGUCCGGGGGUCACUACAAACGCCCCAGAACCGACCCCACGGCCAUCAGUCACCAGAACUGCCUGAAGGCUAUGAGCAAAGAACAACGGUUCAGGGGCAAGUUUACUUUUUGCACACGCAGACUGGAGUUAGCACGUGGCAUGACCCCAGGAUACCAAGAGACCUUAACAGUGUGAAUUGUGAUGAACUUGGACCACUGCCACCAGGUUGGGAAGUCAGAAGUACAGUUUCGGGGAGAAUAUAUUUUGUAGAUCAUAAUAACCGGACAACCCAGUUUACAGACCCAAGAUUACAUCACAUCAUGAAUCACCAGUGCCAACUAAAGGAGCCCAGCCAGCCACUGCCUUUGCCCAGCGAGGGCUCCGUGGAAGAUGAGGAGCUGCCUGCCCAGAGAUAUGAACGAGAUUUAGUGCAGAAGCUGAAGGUGCUCAGACAUGAGCUUUCACUUCAGCAGCCCCAAGCCGGCCAUUGCCGCAUCGAAGUAUCCAGAGAAGAAAUAUUUGAGGAAUCUUACCGCCAGAUCAUGAAGAUGCGGCCAAAGGAUUUGAAGAAGCGGCUGAUGGUGAAGUUCCGGGGAGAAGAAGGUUUGGAUUAUGGCGGAGUGGCAAGGGAGUGGCUUUAUUUAUUAUGCCACGAAAUGUUGAAUCCGUAUUAUGGACUCUUCCAAUAUUCUACGGACAACAUUUACAUGUUGCAAAUCAACCCGGAUUCUUCAAUCAAUCCCGACCACCUGUCUUAUUUCCAUUUUGUGGGCCGGAUCAUGGGUCUCGCUGUGUUCCACGGGCACUACAUAAACGGGGGCUUCACAGUUCCCUUCUAUAAGCAGCUCCUGGGGAAGCCCAUCCAGCUCUCGGAUUUGGAGUCGGUGGACCCAGAAUUACACAAGAGCUUAGUGUGGAUUCUAGAGAAUGAUAUCACCCCCGUGCUAGACCACACUUUCUGUGUGGAACACAAUGCUUUCGGGAGGAUUCUUCAGCAUGAACUAAAACCCAAUGGCCGAAAUGUUCCUGUCACAGAGGAGAACAAGAAAGAAUAUGUCCGGUUGUAUGUGAAUUGGAGGUUCAUGAGGGGGAUCGAAGCCCAGUUCCUCGCUCUACAGAAAGGGUUUAACGAACUUAUUCCUCAACACUUACUGAAGCCUUUUGACCAGAAGGAACUAGAGCUCAUCAUAGGCGGCCUGGAUAAAAUAGAUGUGAGCGACUGGAAGUCCAACACUCGGCUGAAGCACUGCGUGGCCGACAGCAACAUCGUCAGGUGGUUCUGGCAGGCCGUGGAGACCUUCGAUGAGGAGAGGAGGGCCAGGCUCCUGCAGUUCGUGACUGGGUCCACUCGGGUCCCUCUCCAGGGGUUCAAGGCUUUGCAAGGUUCUACAGGCGCUGCAGGGCCCCGGCUCUUCACCAUCCACCUGAUCGAUGCCAACACAGACAACCUUCCAAAGGCCCACACCUGCUUUAAUCGGAUUGACAUUCCACCUUAUGAAUCAUAUGAGAAGCUCUAUGAGAAGCUGCUGACAGCCGUGGAAGAGACUUGUGGGUUUGCUGUGGAGUGAAGAGCAACCAAAGGCAACAGAUUCUAGCUCAUGACCACCAGACCAAAAGCAAGCUUUCUGUGUGCCUCCUGCGAAGCUGGCUGAGGCCUGGGAACCCUAGAUAACCGGAGGGAAAGGGUUGUCUCCCCUCCUUUUCGUUGGGGGGAGCAAGGGGGGUGGGGGGACUUUGGUUGGUGGCUUCCACCCGUAUUUUCCUCCUUUAUGACAGUACUCCCACCCCCUUCCAUCACCCAUCCAAUAAAAGGCAGCCAGGUUUAGCAUUUGGCUUCGGUCACACAGGAUAUUCUAUGACUGUAACCCUAUGGUGAGAGGCUCACUGCCCUGUGGUCUUUAGCGGAGGAUCGACCCACAAGUUCUGGAACUGAGCUUGACUUACUGAGGGUUCGUAACUGGUAGCUCCACUAGCUGUGCUGUGUCCAAACAGUCCCGAGGCCCUUUGCAAGUUCAGCAGCUCACAUUCCAAUCACAGCCUAGCAAUCUGCUCGGGGUAGCAGAUUAAUUUCUAACUGAAAAAAAUAACCAUAUCUUCUGUCAGAAUUCUACGGCAGGAAGCUUGCAUCGAAAAUGUGCUUCCCUUUGGAAAGAUAAAGGAAACCAGGGCAGUUGCGCUGGAGACCCGGGGUAUUUUUCAGGGUGUCCUGGCUGAAAAAUGUGUUUUGCAUCAAGAAGAAUGAUCUUUCUGUUAAGAGUCCCCUUUGCCAUGUUAUUGAUCUAGUUCAAGAUAUUUUUCCAGUGAAAAUGCCACAUAACAGAGCUUAUAAAAGAACAGACCACACCAGCCUCAGAUCUGUGCAGCCUGUCCUGCCUGUAUGUGGGCUGGGCACCCCCAACACUAACAAAGCACCGCAUCACAGGAAGUUGCUACGAGCUGAACAAGAGAAGUCUGUUGUUCCAGCUGCUGGCUUGGUGUGCACUAGUCUAAAAGGGAGAGGGGGAGACGGAUAACCUCAGUGACUUAGCUCCCCUCACCGAGUUGCUGUUCUGACAGUGGGGGAGGUUGGGGGGAUGGUUCCACUCUGCUCAUUCUGCUCAUUCUCCAAGUGUCAGAUGGCGACACUAGCAAUCACUGCUCACUUCACUCGCCCAAACAUCCUUCCCGUGCUGAGCGAGGCCAAAGUCAGCCCGGACCCUGAGUUUCUAACACCCCUUUCCAAUGGGCACAAGCAGCUCAAGCAGUAUUUUAACCGGGUGGUUUGAUUGGAGACAAACUUCCAUGAAGGGAAGCAGCAGUGGCAGCAGCAGCAAAUUGUCCUGUUUGGUUUUUUGUUGUUGUUUUUGUUUUGGGGGGGGCCAGUGUGGGGUAAUUCAUUAGCACGACAUUUCACUGUUGAAAUUUUGCAGUUGGUUUUGGAGUUAAGCGUUGGGAUCCAGCUGUAGGUCUGAGAUGGGUCCAGAAGGACUUUUUUGGAUGACUCUCAGUUACUGAAAUCUCUGGACCAUGGUGGGUUUGGAGGCAUGCUUACCCUUCCUAUUUCACUGUGGUUCUUCGGGUGCCCUGUGAGGAGCUCUGGGACCUCUUGGGGGAGAGACCCUCCUUUGGAAUGAGGGGUUUGCCAGUUUGGUGGGCCACGGGUGCCGGCUGUGGGUGCCAGGAGCUGCGAGAGCACACUUCUGGGCUGCUCGUGGAGGUUCUAGGAGAGAGCGCGGAAGGAAAAUUAAAUCUAUUCAGGAAGUCCAGGCCAACUUGUGGGCUUGGUCUUCCAGAAGCUCUGCCUUGCCCCCAUUGGGCUUAUCUUGUGUCUCGUUUACCAUGAUCCUUCUGAGGGCGUUCUAGAAGCUGGAUCCCCCUUGUCUCUCUCGUCCUCCCUCGUAAUCUUCCUCUGGAAGAGCGAGGAAAUAUCCACUACAGACCUUCCCCUAGAUAGGCCUCCUCUCCAAGGUGAACCUCCACAGUGUGAGGAGGAGUCCUCCCCAGGGGAGCUGAGAGCACCCCCUACUGUGGUGGGAAGGACCUCUAGAGUCUUCUGUGGUGUUGGCCAAAAUCUGUAGGGAUUAGUGAGGAGACGAGGGUGUAGUAGGGUUUUUGUGUUUGGCUCCUUUAAGACGAUCUUCCUGCUGUGGGGAGGAUCAGGGCACAGUCCUUAGGCCAGCCCCGUGUUGCUCCCAUGUGUCAGGUUCAGAUGUCACCUCAGCGAGCGUUACCUGUCUUGUAAGGCCUGGGUCUUGGCUCUUCUUCUUACACUUGCACGUGGGCACCCUCAUCAGCUGUGUGGUACAAAGGAGCCUGAAAGGGCAGAACCUUCCAGAGCCCUGGUUUACUCUUGCCAAACGGGCUUGUCAGUGGCAUCACACUUCUAGAACCUUCACUAUCAACAGUGGAUUGAGCUACCCCAAGAGUAGCAUGGCAGACAGUGGGUGAAAGCUCCUGAUCGCUCCACUUUGGGUCUGUGCAGACCCCGUUCCCCACAAGCUCUCGUUCGCCAGCCUCCUCAGUAAUCCCCAUCCACCCACCCGUCCCCCCUCACCUCUUUGCCCAGAUGCUUCAGGGGCCCAACUUCCAGGCUUGCCCUCACCAGCGGUCAUCAGCCGACCCUCAGGGAUGUAGCAAACCACCGCUCUGCCAGUGCUGUAGGUAGGAAAACCAGAGGGGCCAUGUGGGGGCCGUGAGGACAGCUCUCUUCUGAGGGGGACGUCUGCCCCCCAGGUGGAGCGUGUUCCCUAAGCUUGCUCAGCUGCGCGGUCCCAAUUCAGGUGAGGUGGUCCUCAAACCUGGGCUGUCAGGAAUGGCCUUCCGCAGAGAAGACGCCCCGUCCCCCAGCCCCAUGUGCAGCCAGGUGUGUGCCGCACGGCAGCCUUCCCAAAACAUAGUAUGAAUUUUUAAAAUUUGUUUAUUUUUUGUUUCUCAACCACUUUAUAAUGUAUUUUUUAAUUUAUUUUGUAACGUCUUGUUUUUAAGUAUUGCUGCUAUCCUUGUUAUUCUUCCCACUGUUUUUAUUGCUGAUUUAUUUUGUGAAAAUUGUACACUAAUGUUGUGUUUUAUGUCAAAAUCAAAAAUAUUUAAAGAAAUACUAGUUCUAUUUAAUGUGGUUAUGGAACCAGCUGGAAACACAAAACAAACAGUGAUUGUACAGCAGGCUGGACCCGGGAGGUCAGAUUCAUUUUGUUACAUAUGCAAUAAACUCACAACUUUA